AUGAUCCCAUCCCGAGAAGUACGAAGGAUAACUCGGCUAGCAGGACGAGCGUUCAAGCUUAAUUUCGCUCUUGUAGGUUCGCUGGGCCAGAAGCAGCAGCAGGAAGACCCGUGCCAGACGAAGUCGCGGGUGGUAGGCGACAACGAGUAUUGCGAUCGCUAUUGGGAGUGCGUGAACGGUCGCCCGGAGCUGUUCGACUGUCCGAACGGCCUCGUGUUCGCCGGCAAGCACCGCGGUGUCACCGAGGGCUGCGAUUAUCCGUGGCGUGCGAACUACUGUGAUGGCAAGCGCCAGGCGAAUCCGCCGAUCCCGACCGAGCACUGCGACUGGCUGUACGGAAUCUUCGGCCACGAGACGUCCUGCACCAGGUACUGGACCUGCUGGAACGGCACCGCCACCGAGCAGCUCUGCAUAGGCGGUCUGCUAUACAACGAGCGGGCCAGGUCCUGCGACUGGCCCGAGAAUGUCGAGGGAUGUCAGAAGCAUCCACUCUGCAACGACGACGCCAACGGCAACGUGCCUCUGGGCAAGUCGUGCAACCGUUACUGGCAGUGUCAGGGCGGUUACCCGCGGUUGCAGCGCUGCCCGGCCAUGCUGGUGUUCGACAGGAGGUCGUUGAGGUGCGUGGUGCCGCCGACGGAGGACUGCGACGUACCCACGACACCGCCGCCCACCGAGGGCGAGCUGUCCGACGGUCGCAACGAGCAGGAGCCUGAAGAGGAGAACCUGCCACCUGGCGUGUCACCUCUACCGUCGGGCGCCCUGCCGAUUCCCCUACGGUCGCGCCCCAGGAACUAAAGUCGCCGGGUUGUCCUAUCCGGCCUGGAAGGACGAAGGAAGCGCCAGAUCCCUUCUCGACGAGCGAGAUCCCGGAGAUCGUCGAUCGGUGCGAAGAACUCGAGAAGUUCUCUCGUCGAGUCUCCCCCAGGUUCUCGCGCGAUCUUGCAGUUCCGUAAUUUCGUAAUUCUAGAAUUCUCGUGGGGUCCGACUUUUGAGAUCCCUUAUACUUUGAGAUUUUGUUUAUAUUACCCCGAAAUUACCCCGAAUGUCGGAUAAGUCACACCGCAAGUCCUCGAGGAAAAGUCCCGUUCUUUCUCCUGGGUAAAAUCUUUAUUUCACCUCCGCCACAAGGAUUUGAUUUUCAGAUGCGAAUGUAAAAUUCAAAUUUGAGUAAAAGUGAGAGGCAGCUUAUAAUUACACGAUUCGGUUCUUCCUAAUUAGUCAGCAACUAAUUCAUUAUCUCAAUUAAUUCACGAAUAAAAUUGCAUUCGUGAGAAACUAUCAGCCGAAUAAAUUAUACUCGAGAUCUAAGAUAAUUCAACUUACGUAAAAACUUGGAUGAAACUUUCUAGAAAAAUUUAAUGGCAAACGAUACAAGUUCUCAAAGACACGUGAAUAUUUUCACAAAUCUCGAAAGGUUAUAAUAAAAUCAACCAAGGAUGUGACCUCCCCGGUCUCAAAACUUUCAAACGGCGUAAAAUAAAAGUCUCGUGAAAAAUGUCAAUUAAGACGUCAAUUGCGCAUGAAAAGUCACAUUAAAUAACGCAUUUGCUAAAACACGGAAUUGGUUUUUAGAAACAAAGUUACACUCAUUAUUUUUGAGGGCCGAGACUUGUCGACAUUCAUCGAUCCGUCCAUGUCUUUGACCGACCAAGCUCUUCUUCCUCUUCAAUGGGGGUUUGUAUUAAUUGAUAAUAUUAAUUAAUGAACAUCUCGUGUUUCGGUUCCACUCGCCUCCAUCGCAUCAGUCGAGAUGUAAAUAUUUUCCCCCAUCCUCUCACUUCCCGUUCCCUUCCCCCGCGCCCCGCGCUCUCGUAAACGUAAGACUCGUACCACGUA